AUGCUUGCACAUCAGGCUUCUAUACGGGGUAUGGAUAUUGAUCAAACGGGCAAAUAUAUGGUGACGACUGGGCUCGACAGAAAAUGCAGGGUAUGGGAUGUACGAAUGUACAAGCAGUUACAUGCGUUUUCUCUCCCAUUUGGACUUUCCCAUGUUGCCAUCAGUCAACGUUUGGCCGUGGCAUGUGCCAUAGGGAACACAGUACAGAUAUUCAAAGACAUGCAUCUUGGCGUCUGUCAUGAACCCUACCUCGCCAAUCGUUUCGGUGGUCCCGUCACGGAUUUAGCCUUCGUGCCGUACGAGGAUGUCCUUGGUGUUGGGCAUGCAAAUGGAUUUACAAGGGCUGGUGAGGCUAAUGUUGAUGCCAUACAUGCGAAUCCUUACGAGACGAAGAAGCAACGCAGAGAAAGGGAAGUGAAGCAGCUGCUCGACAAGCUUCAACAUGACCUCAUCGGACUUGACCCGCAGGAUAUUACUCGUGUAAACGAGGACUUGUUAGAGCGAGAAAUGGAGGAACGAAAGAAGAUUCUUUACGUCCGACCAAUAGAUGUGCAGUACACACCCAAACACAAAAUGCGUGGACGGGGAACUGGAUCUCAUAAGGAGCACCGGAAAAAUAUGGUGAUUGAUAGUAUACGAAAGGAAAGGAUCACUGAGAAAAAGGAAGUGGAGAAAGAGGUGUUUGGAAAGGACCCUCGCUCUCGAACCAUCAUCAAAGCCCACUAG